UCUCGGCGGUGGGCGACCUCGGUGCCACGUGGGGCAAUACGGUAGCGUGCACGCACGUGCUGAGAAGAGGGGUUUGACGCGGGGGUUAAGGAGGGCCGACGGUUAAGGAGGGCCGAGGGUAAAGGAGUGGCGAGGGCUGAGGAAUUUUGUCGAAAUGGCGGUGGAACGAGCGUUCCUGGGGUCCGUGCUUCAGCUACCGGGAUGUCAAGGUUUGACCGACAAAGCAGUGGCAUUGGCCACGUCGCCGGGGACGUCGCACAGCGCGAUGAGAGUGGGUACCGGGCUACACGUGAAUUCCGCCGGCGCGCAUAAGGCUGUCCUGCUGGCCGCUCACGUGACAUCGCCGGGAAUUGAAGAUAACGCGCGGCAGGAUUUGUGCGGCACGCAUCUGAAGGGUGUGGGUUCGUCUCGACUGCGCAGAGUUCGGUCACGCGGAAGCAAACGAGGGAGUGGCUUCUUCCGGGACUGUGUGGGGAAUCGUUCUCGUCUCCACGUCAUCGCUGCAGGCAUGGAGAAUGCCGGAGCAGGGAGAGGCCCAUCCCGAGGCAUCCCGCCUAAGGCUACGCCUGCUUCCCCGUCUUCACCUGUCACUCGCAGCCAGGCUGAAUCUUUACGCGAACAGAAUCAACGGCUGUUGGCGAUGCAACAAGAGCUUCUGGAACAGGUGUGCCCCUAUCGUGGUGCUGUGAACACGACUGUUCCGUUUGAAGAAGAAAAACUAUUUCGUUUGCUAAUGCACGCUACGGCUUAAGAAGCUCAAUUGACAGGUAACCCAUGACGUUGGCGUUGGACUUCUUCUUUCGAUUUCGUCGUAUAGACGCACUCCUCUUAAGGGCCCGUAUUGU